AUAAUCCCGUAAUCAGCACUCUUUUCGGUGUAUAUUCAAUCAUACAGGAUGGCCUCAACAUUUGUACAUUGGCUACGGUCGCCAGCCGCUCGCGAAUACUUUUUCAGCACUCACUUCUGGGGACCUGUUGCCAACUGGGGUUUGCCAUUAGCUGCUAUCGCUGAUCUCAAGAAAGAUGAAGAUGUCAUUUCUGGACCAAUGACUGCAGCACUUGCUUCCUACUCUAUCGUAUUCUCCCGCUUUGCUUGGAGAGUGAUUCCCAGGAAUUACCUCUUGCUCGCAUGUCAUGCUACCAAUGCCACAGCUCAAUUGACCCAAGGAGCACGUUUUGUGCGGUAUCAUUAUAUGGGCGGCAAAGAAGCAAAGAGUUCUAUUAAAGAAUCCGCCGAAGCCGUAAAAGAUUCCGUCAAAGCAGCAGUACCAGGAUCAAAUUAGGUAUGCAGUAGUUGUAAACUCUGUCCCCAAAUGUCCAUGAUCAUUCUGUAUUUUUCUUCGUCAAUUUAUGUUGUGCUCAC